UAUAACAGUGUGUUUAUAAAAAUGCUAAUCUAUACUAUAUUUAUUGUUGUUGUUGUCUAUUAAUAUAAAAAAUAGAAAACAAAGGACGAGAACAAAAACAUAAAGAUAAAAACUAAAAACUGCAGAGAUGAUAUUUUACAAACUGUUCCGUCACAGGAAAAGAAUAAAGCAGUUUGUUCUUCACAUUUAAAUUAUGAGGAAAAUUAAAUUCAUUAACCGAAAUUUACUUUUACUUAGUCAUGCUUUUAUUUGACGUCAGCGGCCCCGCCCCCUUGCUCCUUGUUCCCAUAGUAACGCGGAAACACAGCAGCCAGAGACGGGGCACCGGACCCGGUUUAACCCGCGCUAUUGAACGGUUUUCACGGGAGUUCGGGGACUGGAGGCGAUGGACAGGCCGAGGUACUUCACCCCCGCUGAGGUGGCCGCUCACAACACCGCUGGCGACCUGUGGGUGUCGUUUCUGGGCAAAGUGUGCGACCUGACCCCCCUCAUGAGCCGGCACAAAGGGGACGCUCUGCUCUUACCCAUCAUGGAGUGUGCAGGGAAGGACGUCAGCUGCUGGUUCGACCCUGAAACCAAAGACGUCCUGAAAUAUGUGGAUCCACUGACAAACUGUGUGAGGUACUACACCCCCAGGGGGCGCUUCGUGCACAUUCCCCCCGCCGGCCCUCGCUCCGACUGGGCCACCGACAUCAGCCAGCCCUGGUGGAAGGAUCGACGCUAUGAGGUGGGACUGCUGUCAGCUAAAACCAGGUGGAUACGAGUCGUCAACACGCUGACGUCACAGGAGCAGCAGCUACAGGUGUGUUCAGAGGAGCCUCUGGCUGAGAUCGUCCAGCGUUACCUGCGCUACAACUCUCACGCCUGCAGCUACACCUGGAAACACAACGGAGAGACUCUGGACAUGAGCAGGACGCUCAGCGAGAACAACGUUCCCGACGAGGACUGUGAGCUGGAGCAGCUGCGACUGGACCGGGACCUCUUCAGCCCCGCCAUCCUCCUCCACUUCAACGAUGACCUCACAGAGGGGUGACCUCUGACAUCAUCAGGGGCCGGCCCCGAGGUCACAGAGGACGUGUCUGACCUCACAACACCGUAAAGCCGUACAGGAAACAUCUGUGCACCUGUUCAGACACGUGUGAGGUUCAGAACCAGGAAAUAAAAUGAUAAUAGGAAAUGUGUGAUUAUGAGUUUGUGGUGGGGGCUGGUCACCUGAGGACUCGUCCUCUGGUGGUCCCUGAGUCCACCUGAGGACUCGUUACUGUGCUGAGCCUGUCACUGACUGCACGUCUGAGUGUGAAACUGAAACUCAAAACAUUAAAAAUAUCAAAACACUUAAAGUCCGAAAUAUUCAGGUUGUUGUUACUAUGGAAACAGUGACACAGUGGGACAGUGAGACACUGAGACACAGGAACACGACAGAGAAAUGAAGGUGUA